AUGAUGCAUCCGCAUUAUGGAUUUGUAGGUUCAACAUAUGUUGCAAAUAAUGUUGGAAUAAAACAAGUUCAACAAAUCUAUGGAAAUUCAAUUCAUCAUCAACAAGUACCUUUUUAUUCUCAACAUUCAAAUUAUUCAUCAAUUCAUUCACAUCAACAAAGAAAUCAACAUUAUUCAUAUCAACAACAACAACAACAACAACAACAACAACAACAGCAACAACAACAACAACAACAAUUACAAAAUAAUGUUGACUGUCAAAAUAUGUUGAAUAGUUCGACUAAUUUUCCAACGUCAACAUUAAAAUGUUUAUUAGAAAAUACUGAAUUGGCUGAUAUUUUAUUUAAGAAUUUUCCUCUUUUUGAAGAUGAUUAUCAAUUAAAAUCGGAUAAACAAUUAUUAUCAAAUGAGUUAGCAUCAAAAGUAGCUUGGAAUUCUUCAGCAUUUCUUGGUCCAAAUUUAUGGGAUAAAGAUCAAUUAUAUAGUGCAAAUAAUGGUGGAACAUCAUCAACAACAACAACAGCUUCAUCAACAACAUUACAUAAUGAAAAAAAUCUUAAUUCAACUUCGGGAUCAAAUUUUAAAGUUGAAAAUAUUGAUAUUGAUGAACUUCUUUGUGAAAAUAAUUUAAAUUUAAAUGAUAUUGAAUCAUUUUCAAAUCAUUUUGAACAUGUUGAACAAACAACAUCAAAUUCCCCAAAUCAAAAUCAAGAUACACUUAUUCUUCAUUCACCUAUGCAAGCGGCACCAGCUAAAUCACCUUUAGAUGAUUCAAUUAGUCAUCAAUCAUCAAAUUCAUCAAGAAAAUAUUCUCAAGAUGAUACUUUAUCAAAAAAUUCAAAUACAAAACAAUAUAAAAAAUCGAGAAAACUUCAACAUCAAUCAAAACAGUUUGUUCCAGAUGAAUUAAAAGAUGAAAAAUAUUGGGCAAGACGAAGAAAAAAUAAUUUAGCUGCAAAAAGAUCACGUGAUGCACGACGAAUGAAAGAAAAUCAAAUUGCAUUAAGAGCUGAUUUUUUAGAAAGAGAAAGUGACCAAUUAAAAAAACAACUUGAAGAUUUAAAAAGAGAAAAUCAAAAACUUAAAAUGAAAUUAAUUCAAUAUGAAUCUUCAAUUAAACAGUGA